AUGAAUAGAAACGGCCAGAUCAACCCCCCUCGCCCCUCCACUCGCAACGCCUCCGUACGCGCCCUGGCCGAGAUAUCAGCCUCCCGCGCCGCCCGCUGCGAAGCCCUCGACCACCGCAACUUCCUCCUCGACCACGAGGAUGUCGGCUAUUACAUGCAGGCCAGUGUUGAAGAAGCAGCCCGCAGGAUCAAUGAGGCCGCAGGCGCCACCGUCACCAACGUCAUCCACCUACUCAACCGCUCUGCCGCCGCAGCCGUCGCCCAAAUGACCGCCGAGUUUGCGCCUGUCGCCGCCAGAACAAAGGCGCUGGUGGCCGGUGUGGCCAGCAGCAGAGAAGUCCAAGCUAUCAACACUGCUUUCGGGCUUGCUGUUGACAAGACGGAGAAGCUGCAGAAGGAGCUGGAGGAGGUGAAGAAGUUGCUUGCUGAGGAGAAGCAGAAGCGUGAGGAGCUGGAGAAGAAGGUUGAGGAGAUGUGUGAGUGGAUGAAGAUGAAUGCUUGA